GUAGUUAAAACGACAAAAAACAAUUAGUCGUCUUGUUAAUUUUAAAACCAUCUCCAUGCUCAAAAGAGAGGAGGUUUCACUUUAUCUCAAGUUCCGUUUGUCUUUAUUUUGAAAUGGACAACCGGAAGUUGCAUUCAGACUGUUGAUGCUGAAUGAUGCGCAACAAGUGCUGAAGUCCGUCUCAGACUCUAAACUCCUCCAUCAGGACCAGGACGGAGGUGGGACCGGGAGGAACUACUUUAUGGACUUUUUUUAAUUUGGUAUUCCAGGAGUCCGGUGUUUGUUGCAGCACAUGUCUGUAAAAGAGACCGAUAACACGGACCUGUUACGUUUAGUUCAACGGAAUAAAAUAAAUAAAUUAAAAUGAGCCCGGUUUUGUUUCUCUUGCUCCUCUGUCUGCGGACCGCGGAGCUCCGUCACGUCCGCCGAGCCGCUCUGGAGACGCAGCGGGCGGAGGAGGAUGCAGGACCGGCGUCCGCGGGGACACCGGAGUCUUCCUCCCCGGACAGGGCGCCUCUUGACCGGGCCGACAGCUCUAAGAGAGUCGCCCGCGGGGCCAAAGACGGGACUUUCAGGAGAGGAGACCCCGGCUCGCCGAGCGGUCACGCGCCUCCGCGACGGCGCGACGACCCGAGCGGUUACUUCACGAGCACGCCGCGGUCACCCGCCUCCGCCCGGCCGGGGAACGGCUCGUCCCCGUCGGGGCUCCUCAACCCGCUGUUCCCGGUGACCGACGGCUCCUACUGGGCGUACGGGAUCAUGCUGCUGGCGCUCGUGCUGUUCGCCGCGGGCAUCGUGGGCAACCUCGCGCUCAUGUGCACCGUGUGGCACAACUUCUACCUGAAGAGCGCGUGGAACUGCAUCCUGGCGGGGCUCGCGCUCUGCGACUUCCUCGUGCUGUUCUUCUGCCUUCCCGUGGUGGUCUUCCACGAGCUCACCCUGAAGAGGUUGCUAGGAGACCUGUCCUGCCGGCUCGUGCCCUAUCUGGAGGUGACCUCUCUGGGCGUGGCCACGUUCAGCCUCUGCGCUCUGAGCAUCGAUCGCUUCCACGCGGCCACGGGGCCCGGGCCCUUCCAGGCGCCGAGGGUGGAGCCCUGCCAGUCCAUCCUGUCCAAGCUGUCCGUCAUCUGGGUGGGCUCCAUGGUGCUGGCCGCCCCCGAGCUGCUGCUGUGGCAGCUCGUCCAGCAAACCGUCAGCUCGCCGAGGCGCCCCGGUGACCAGCCGGGAGACUCGCUGAUGGCCGCCUUCAGAGCCCGAACAGACUCCUUCAAGGUGGACGUCUGCGUCCGCGAGCCGUCCGAGACGCUCCCGGAGGCCAUCUACCCUCUGGUGCUGACCUACCACGAGGCCCGCAUGUGGUGGGUCUUCGGGUGCUACCUCUGCCUGCCGCUGCUCUUCACUCUGGCCUGCGACUUGGUGACGAGGCAAGUGUUGGCCCAGCGUCUGCCGCAGAACCCCGCCGGCGACAAGGCGACCGCCGGCGGAUGCUCUGCCUCCUCUUCGUCCUCCUCCUCCUCGAAGAAGAAGAAGAAGAAGCAGCGCACGAGAGAGCAGAGGCUGCGCUCCACCGUGAUGGCGCUCACCGCCUUGUACGUCCUGUGCAACCUGCCGGAGAGCGUCUGCAACAUCGCGCUGGCGUACGUCUCCGUCCACGUGUCCGCCGCCCUCCCGGCUCUGGCUCUGCCGGCUCUGAGCCUGAUCGGACAGUUCCUGCUGUUCGCCCGUUGCUCGGCGACGCCGGUGCUGCUGCUGUGUCUGUGCCGCUCGCUGGGCCAGGCCUUCGUGGACUGCUGCUGCUGCUGCUGCGAAGAGUGCCUCCCCGACGGCAACUCCUCCUCCUCCUCCGCCUCGUCCGCCUCGACCACCGCCACCUCCAACGUGUCCUCGCCCACGUCUCCGUCUCCGACCUCCCUGUCUCCCUCCGGCAACGACGAGCCGAUGAAGCGCCUGCUGGCGACGGAGCCGGCGGUGUGCCGCCGCGGGCCCAAAGACUCUCCGGCAGCUAUCAUCGGGACCCCCUGCUGAGGCACCAGAGCUGCAUUCACCCACAUUUUACGUGAUCACCACUUGGCUCUUAUUCGUGUCGUUUUUGUCUCGCAUCUCUUAUCAGUUAUAAUAAUGUUACGAUGAUAUUCUGGCUCUUCCAACUGACUCGUUUUCUCGUCCAAAUGGAGUUGGUUUAACGUCCACUGGAGGUCUUGUGUGUGUCUCUCCUGCAUCUUCUCGGCUCUCGGCCGUGAACUGGGUGAGGCCGAUGUUAUUAAAGCUGAUAGAAGAGCCCAAGUUUUAACAGACUGUCAUGAUCUUUUUUUAUCUGAGUCCGUAUGAACUAUAGAGCCACUGCAGAAACCUGCCUGAAUAGAAUUAGAUGAUGAUAUACAACAUAUUUUAAGGGAGUUUAGUGCUGUCUACAUGUGAUGGAUGUAAUCAUGUUGUAGUACCUUUUUUUAUGAAACAAGUUAUAGUUAUUAAUAAUUCUCUAAUGCUCAAACUGGAUGUUAUUAUCUGCUCUGUGUACUGUAAGAGACAGAAACACUACAGGGUUUGAGGGUUUUUUAAGAUGGCUAAACAGGAAAUAGUCCUACUGAGACUUUAGUUUUAUUCAGCAGACGCUCUGUGAACUUCUUGAACAGUUUUUUUUGUUGUUUUUUUUACAUGAUAUUUGCUGUCACUGUUGAGACGGCGGGUUUAAAAACAUGAGAUCAUAUCGUGUGAAGUUUGACUUGUUUUGUUACCUUUUGGUUUAGUAAAGUCUAGAUGUUCUUCUCUUGCAUCCGCUG